AUGAAUUGUACCAAUGUCCCAAAACUAAAUAAAUUAAAGAAAGAUAGCUUGUUAAAAAGAGAUGUUUUUGGAAGAACAAUCUUACAUAUUAUUAUAUUACUGAGUGAUAUUGAGUCAUUACGAGUAUUAACUAGAAAUACAGAUUUUCAAUCAAUUUUACAAUUGACUGAUUUUGAAAAUGGUUGGAAUUGUCUACACUAUAUUAUUUAUUACAAAAAGAUAAAGUGCCUUAAAGUAUUAGUGGAGUAUUUACAAAGGAUUUCAAUUCAAAAUAAUCUUUUCCAUCCAAGUUCUCCAUUAAUGGAGUUGUUGAGAUGUAAAGAUAGAUGUGGGAAUACUCCCUUGCACUUAUUGGAUAAUGAUUUUAAAGAUCUCCUAUGGAUUCCGGAGUAUAUCGAUGAGGAAAUUGGAUUUAAUUUAAAAUAUAGAUACGAGUCAUUGAUUCAAGAAGAUGGUGUAGUUGACAAGGACACGCAUGUUAACACAGAACAGAGGAAACCAUUUUUAAAAUCAUCGAAAAUAGAAUGGAAUGAAAAAAGAGGAGGGUCAGAAGUAUAUGUGUUGGGACGUAAUAGUAAUAAUCAGUUGGGUGUUGGUGAUUCAACGGAUAGAGUUACUCCAACUAUGUUGUCCCAUUCAAGUUUCAAGCAAGUUCAAGAAGAUCUUGAUUCUAUUAGUGAAGUUUUACAACAACCUCGAUAUAAACAAAUUGUAAUCUCCAAGAAUCAUUCAUUAGUGGUUACCAAAGAUGGUGAAGUAUUUUCUUGUGGUAUUGGUGCAAGAGGAAGAUUGGGACAUGGAAUAGAAGAUUUGAAUGAUUAUUUUAAAUUUCAGAGGAUACUGUUUUUUAAUGAUAUGUUUAUUAAAGAUGCAGCAAUCUCAAACAAUCAUUCAGUGGUGUUAACAUCACAUAAUCAAGUCUAUGCUUGGGGUUUAAACAGUUUCAAUCAAUUGGGAGUACCUAAUAGCGCUGUUUCCAAGAAGAAAAAAAUCACACAUUAUUUGGACAACUUUUUGGCAACACCAACACUAGUGUCCGGUGAACUUAGAAACGUUGGUAGUAAUUUACUAGGAGUGAAAGUAUCGAAAAUUCAUUCUGUAGUUUGGUCAAGAAAUGCAUUGUAUUUUUGGGGAUUAAAUGUUGGACAGAUGGGUAUUGCAUGUACCCAUGGUGAUAUCGAAGUCAAAUUGCACGAUCAAGCACUUAAGGGAGAAAUUCAAGCAUCUCCUAAAAUGGUUUCAUUAAGAGAUGAUAUUAAAUGUGUAACCACAACUACUAUAUUAACUUAUGUUGUCACUAGCAUAAAUGAAAUCCACGCGUUUGUGAAUCAUAAACAUUUGAAACUACCCAAGAUACCAAUCAAGGGAUAUAAUGACAAACAUUUUGAUUUAUUUAAGCCCAGACGAAUCACAGAAGCAGCCGUGAUUAAGAAAAUUGUCACAAGUGGUCCAGAUCAUUCCAUGAUUUUGUUAAGUAAUGGUUCUGUGUUGAGUUUCUCCUUAAAUAUGACGGAUAUCAAAAGCACGAAAUAUACUUCUGUUUGGAAGGCUUAUGAUCGUGAUAUGGUAGCUCUUGAUAUUGACAUGUCAGAGGAUGGUUCAGUUGUCUUGUGUACCAGAAAUGGUUCUGUUUAUAUAAAAUCGGCUGUUUCAAAACAAAGAAAGAACUCGAUGAGUGCCACCACGCUUCCAAUAGCUACCACCAAGAACAAAUUCAAGAAGAUUGAAAACUUAAACAAGGUAGUUAAAGUAUCUACAUUUGAUUUCCUGUCCUUUGGUUUCAUUCGAGAUGACAUUGAUAUAUUGCCAUUGAAGGUUCCUAAAAAUGAUUUCUUUACGGAUAUUGAAAACCUAUCGCCAAUUAUUGAUUAUGUUCCUGAUAGAAAGCAACUGGAAUUAUUGAAUUUUGACUGUAAAUUGGAUACAUAUAUGACAAAUUUCAUCUAUCCAAAAAGCCAGCAUGACGUUGACGUUGAUGAUGAUGAUGAUGAAGACGGUGUUGUAUUUCAAACGCAUACAACGUCUAAGGAACGUGUUGUUGAUUCACUUGAUGAAAAUUACCAUAACAAGUAUGAUUAUACAAAGAAUAAACCGAUUCCCCCACUCAUUUAUCUUUAUAGAUCUGUCUUUUUCUUUUUUAAAUCUUUCCACUCUUUUUUUUUAUAG